GCCCAUUCUUCCAAAGCCCGUUCGUGUGCCUUCCGGAACCAGGGUCACAGAACACGAGAAACGGAGAAAGGAGCGGAGGAGGUGCAGAGAGAGCCGUUUCGCCAUCGGUGAGAGGAGUCGCCUCCCGUCCCAUUUUGAUCGAUCCCCUAGAUCUGCGCCAUGAUUCUGGCAGUUCUCUUCACCAACACCGAAGGCAACAUCCUAGUCGAGCGAUGCUGUCUGAUUUCCAAUUUUCAUGGAGUUCCAUCUGAGGAGCGACUACAUUGGCGAUCUUUUCUAGUAAAACUAGGUGCAGAGAAUCUUAAAGGAACCAAAAAUGAAGAACUCCUUGUUGCUUCUCACAAAUCUGUGUUUGUCGUCUACACAAUGCUUGGCGAUGUUUGCAUCUAUGUGAUUGGCAAGGAUGAGUACGAUGAACUUGCUUUGGCAGAAGUGAUUUUUGUUAUCACAUCAUCGGUGAAGGAUGUGUGCGGAAAACCUCCAAGUGAGCGGCUAUUCCUUGAUCAUUAUGGGAAGAUAUGCCUGUGCUUGGACGAGAUUAUUUGGAAGGGGAUGUUGGAGAACACGGAUAAGGAUAGGAUUCGAAGGUUGAUAAGGCUAAAGGCUCCCGCUGACAUAUAAAAUGGAGCUGCUUUGCCCGUCGUACCUUUUACUGGCAUUUGUGAGGGAAGAUUGCUGUUGUAGAUUAAGGCAAGUCAUGGCUUUCCAGAUACGUAUGCGUAGUAUAUUGCUGCUUUGAUGCGUUCGGAUUUGAAUUCACAUUGUAUUGACACAACAAAAAAAAAACAGUUUGUGAUAAAAAGAAGCCUUUCAGGCUUAUCGAACUCUAUGAAGAAGAUUCAGUUAUGUCUGAAUUACACUUCUAAAUUAUGGCAUUCACGAUUUA